AUGCUUGGGCGUUCACGUAACAGUGAUCUGACUGAGCCGUUGCACACAGGAGGGGCAUCAGAUUGUGAAAGCGCGAUUCAUCGUGAAUCAAACUCGAUUGUUCAUCGAUCUCAGCGCAGAGAAACAGUGAGCAGCGUCGGUAGCGACGACUUCGCUGACAAAGCUGCCAAACUACGCAUUGAUUUUAAGACUGGCCGUAGAAGGGCGUUGAAACAGCAGCGAUUUUCACGGGAGUUUCGAUUUAAUGCACAAUUGGCACUGCGAGUGGCGUUCGGGGUAUUAAUUGCUUCUUCUAUCCAGACUCGCGUCUCGGACCAUGAUCCCUCGAAGUUUGACAGCAAAAAAUGGGUUUUAUUUCCUUCGUGGUAUUAUCUCGGUGGUUUAAGCUAUUGUGCGAUCGCCGUGAUCUUUACUACGGGAAAGACAAUUGGUAGUACGCUCAUGGUGGCUUGGCACGCUAUUCUUGGUGUGGGAAUGGCGCUUGUAUUCAGUAUCGUACUUUUUGCUUGUAUGGAUGUGAAGACACAAGAUAAAGAUGCUCAAGAUCCUUAUAAAGACUACAUUGAGAUUGACGAAGCAUUUUCGAAUAAUACGUACUGGGUCAAUCAGCACAACUUCUUUACAACGUUGCCUUGGAUGAUCAUUUUUACGGUAGUCGUUCUGGUCUGCCCGUUUGCUGCAACAACAAAGAAAUUUGCCGUAGCUAACAACCUUUUCUUCAUUCUCACAGUUAUCGACCCGGCGGACCCACUCGGUGGACCAGGACUUAAAACAUCGGAUGAUUCACGUUUCCGGACAGCUAAUAUUUUACGAAAUCUAGAAGUCUACUUUCUGAUCGGAAUUGUUGGCUCCUUUGUUUCGCUUGCCAUCAUGUUCAUGCCAUACCCCAUUUUUGCGAUUACUCGAUUGCGAAAAGACUCGGCACUUGUGGCUGAAGAUGUGCUGGACCUGCUAAAUAUUAUCAUCGAUUCGUAUUGUUUCAAGAAUAAAAAUGUCGAUCACAUGAAUUUUCUCAAGUUAAAGCUUCAGCGAAAGUUUGAAGCUACCGAAGCUCGCCAUCGCCGAAUGCAAGCACUGUUAGAAGACGCUUGGUGGGAGCAGUCGUUCGGCUUUCAUUAUGUGCUUAAAUUUCAUCGCCCAAUCAUGUUGAAUUACGUCAAAGUUGUAGGCUCAUUAAUAUCCGACUUGCGUACACUUAGUUAUGCGAUGCAGCUCGAGAAGUAUGAGCAGCUUCACUUUACAUACAUGAAGGUAUUACAGCGCGAGAUCUAUGUGAUUCAGACACGCUCAGGUGAUCUUCUGCACGAAAUUGCGCGUGAAGUACACUUAUCUUCACGUGAAGUCAAACUUGCGUCGAUAUCGAAGCUUGAAACACAAAUGGAGACCACUCUUCACCGUUAUCGUUCGACACAAAAUCGAACGUUGCGCAUGAACCCAAUUACAGUCGAAGAAAUGACUGGCAACAUGCCAUUGAAUUUGUUUCUUUUUUCGCUCAAUUCUUUCUGCAGCACCAUGAUUGAAUUUCAAGAAAUUCACAACAGAAAGGUUUACACGGACGUCCACCGGAUCCGAUCAUUCGUCAUCACUUCAGUCGCUAAUUUCUUUAAGCUGCAUCAUUACACGAACGGACAAGCUUUGCUGAGCAACUUUCGAGGAUGUGUUGCGAUUAUCCUCGGAAUUUUCUUGUCAGUAUACGUCUACGGCUACAAUUCUACCGUUCCAAGUACCAUAGCAUACGUAAUGGGGAAGUUUUUUGGAGGAUCAUUUCGAGCGACAGUAAAUCGCGUUGGAGGCGUCGUAGCUGGAAGUGUCAUUCCUUCAGUUUUCCAGUUCUUUAUCGCACAAAUCUGCAAUCCAAAGCACCUCGAUGUGGUGCUAAUAAACAUUGUGCUUUUUGUUUGGGUUUGUAUAUCUAUGUACGUUUGUUACAUGGGUGGCUACAGCUCGUACGCCGGUUUAGUCUCAGCAUUCGUAUCAACUGGCAUUUUGAUGCGCCAGUCCGAUAUGUGCGACAACACUUCGCUUGACGAUGCUUCAUCAAUCGCGAUAAGUUCAUAUUCUAGCCUUGCGCAAACCUCAGUGGGUAUCAUCCUAUUCAUUUUGGUUGAGUUACUAAUCUUUCCAAAAAGUGCAUUGAGUUUACUCCGUCGAAACAUACAAAAGACGUUAAAGUUACAGCUCGAAGCUUUUGAGGCUCUAUUUGGCCAUCAAUUGACAAACUCAAGUGCCAUGAAUUCCGACGCAAUCGAGCAUCUUCGCAAGAUAUUGCAGGUAAAAAUUCCGGCAAAACUUGUAGCACAAGCAGCGCUGUUAACUGAAGCUCAAGCGGAGCCAGUAUUAUGGAGGCGGGCUUAUUCAGCUCGGAAAUAUGAAAAAAUUCUUGAAAAUUCGCGUCGACUUUUAAACAACAAUACGUUACUGUUGAAGUUGGUUCAAUGGUUUGAUUAUCGUGUGAAGCGCAAUUUUGUUCGCCGCAGCAGUAUCGACAUUCGCGACAUAGGCAGACCUUCUGUCGACAGCAUGAGUACGCAUGGAAAGUGGCAGGUGGCUAGUAGCCACUUUCGAACUGCUGUUAUUGAAUCGUUUAAGACUCUAGAGGUUCUCUUUAGUGAUGCAUUUUUGUAUUUAGAACCGGACCAGACUGCGAUCUUUAUGCAAAUGAAAGAGGCAUUUCGCCUUGCUGACAAGGACUGUAGUGGUGAAAUUGAUUCGGACGAGGUUACUGUCAUGCUGGAAACGAUUUUUUCUCAGUCGGGUGUUGUAAAGCAAGGCGAAAUUCAGAAAUACGUUGAGAACUUUAUGCUUGCGGUCGAUAAAGACAAAAGCGGCAAAGUUUCUUUUGAAGAAUUUGUAGAGGCGUUAGAAAAUGGCCUUAAGCUCGAAGUUGAGGUAUAUACCCGUCGGAAACCUAAGGCCCCGGCUUUGGUUGUGAGGCGUGAAAACAUGCUGGCAGCAAUUACCGAGGAUGACGGAGGCGACGACAAUGAUAGCGACGAAUCGAAGGUUCUGAGCAGCGACAAAAUUCAGUCGAAUUUAUCGGAAGCGCUCGAUGUCAAAGAUGACGAUUUACGUCCCCCAAUGCCGUCUCGGGGAAGUUAUCGGAGAGUUUCACAUACCUCAUCUAUCGAGAUGGAUAAAAGAGCUUCAUCGGCUGCAUCGUUUAUCCAAGCGAUGUGCCGUGAGCAUGACGUCCUUAAUGUCGAGGAAUUUGGUACUAGUGACAUUGCUGCACAGAUGAAAACUGCGUAUGUGGAAUGGCUGCUCGAAGACCAACGUGGGGCAGAAGGCAUUGCAAAAAGUAUCAGUGAGAUGGCUGAGAUCGUCGUGUCAUCAUAA